AUGUUAUUGCGAAAUUUAAAACCUCCUCAACUGUGCAAUGGAACCAGACUAAAAGUAAAAGUGUUACAUCGCAAUGUAGUCGAAGCCACAGUUAUAACUGGAUGUGCGCAAGGGGAAACUGUAUUUGUACCAAGAAUUCCCUCGAUCCCGAAUGAUCUUCCCUUUGAAUUCAAACGAAUACAGUUUCCCCUCAAAGUGUGCUUUGCAAUGACCAUAAACAAAUCACAAGGUCAGACAUUAAAAUUUGCGGGUAUAGACUUGAGAGAAAAUUGUUUUUCACACGGGCAAUUCUAUGUAGCUUGCUCACGCGUAAGCCCACCCAGUAGUCUGAUAAUUUUAGCACACAGUAAUAGAUUAGCAAAAUAA